CGCGUGGUUGGUAAAGAUUAGAUUUUGCAAAACAUUAUUUUAAAUUUGUUAAAUAUCCUUGCUUCUUGACGUGUGUGAAAAAAAGAGUAAAAUUUAUAAUCUAUUCACAUCUAUCCAGUAUUAAAAUAGCUCAAAAUGGUUCAAAUAGAAGAUAGUAAAAUAACCGCUAUUGGAGAUGUGCUGAAUAACCGAGAAAGACCACUCAAAGAACGAUUUCGUGCGUUGUUCACGUUGCGAAAUAUCGGAGGCGAACAUGCGCUCGAGUCCAUUGGCCGGUGUUUCGAAGAUGAUUCAGCGCUACUUAAACAUGAGCUAGCGUAUUGCUUAGGACAAAUGCAAGAUGUUAGAGCAAUACCUGUUCUAACCAAAGUUCUCGCUGAUGUGCAGCAGGAAGCAAUGGUUAGGCAUGAGGCAGCCGAAGCUCUCGGUGCUAUUGGUGAUAGCUCGGUGGAGGAUACUCUUGUUAACUUCAGCAAGGACCCUGUGAUCGAGGUAGCAGAAACGUGUGAAAUUGCCCUAGAACGUGUCCGAUGGUUGAAGCGACUUAAGGAGGAGGAAAAGACGCUUAAAGACGACAAUCCAUAUGCCUCGGUAGAUCCCACUCCUCCGGCUGUUUCCAAAAGUGUUGAAGAGCUUAAGCGAAUCUUAAUGGAUGAAUCAGACAGCCUCUUCAACCGAUAUCGAGCUAUGUUUGCGUUGCGCAAUCUUCGCACAACCGACGCUACGCUAGCGCUGGCAUGUGGUUUGAAAGGAAAAAGUGCCCUGUUUCGACACGAAGUCGCAUUUGUGUUGGGUCAGCUGCAGGAAGAAUGUAGCAUACCGUUUUUGGUAGACAAUCUGCGUGAUCCAGAAGAGAACGAAAUGGUCCGGCAUGAAUGUGCGGAAGCACUCGGUGCCAUUGCCACAGAAGAGUGUACACGUGUGCUUAACGAAUAUCUAAUGGACGAUAAACGCGUGGUGAAGGAAAGCUGCGAAGUGGCGUUGGACAUGUGCGAGUACGAAAACAGCCCCGAGUUCCAAUACGCCGACACAUUAGUAAAAGUAAACGACGAUAAAUGAUGAUCGUUUCGCAAAAAUCGGGAUAAAACCGCGGGGUGUAAAACACAUUUGUUUUUAACAUUGAAAGCUAAUAUCCUGCGCUUUCAUCACAAGUCUUUGCGUUACUUUAUUUGUAUAACUUGGCAAAGAA